GGGGUGCCCUAGAUUUAAGGGUCUUUUUCUCUCCCUCUCUGUCUCUCUCUCUCUCUCUUCAUCUUCUUCACCCCGUCCCCCUUCCCUCUGCUAGAAGAAGAAGAAGAUACCAACUCCUCAUUUCGAUCUCUUUUUCCCUUUCUCGGCUGUUUCUGAGGGCCUGUGGUUUGUUUCUUGUGGGGUUCCUCUGAGUACGUGGAAUCGUCGGCAAGUUUGGUGAAAUGUGGAGGGAAGUGUAAUUAGAGAUGUCGAGAAAUCUCAGGAGAACGAGGCCGGGAUGGGCCUGGAGGCAGGAAUCUUUUCCGUGACUGCUGCUGCCCGAGUUUUUGGCUCUCAGGAUGACGUUUGCUUGGACAGUUGCAUGAGUGGUCUGGUUCUGCUUGCGAUCUUGGUGGAUAACUUGUCGCAUGUGAAGAGCAACUGCGGUUUUUUCAUACGGAGCAGGGGACGCUGGGGGAAAUGCGGCUGAGUGGUCGUUCUGGCCGUUGAAUUAUUGUUUCUUGUCGUGUUUUGGUUCGCAUUCUGAGGUGGGAGAACUUGGGGGAGUAGAAAGAUUGAGUUCAGUAGGUUGGGCACAAUGCAGCAGCAAGAUCAGAGGAAGAAAAGCGCCACUGAGAUGGACUUCUUCACAGAAUAUGGAGACGCCAACAGGUACAGGAUUCAAGAAGUCAUUGGGAAGGGAAGCUAUGGCGUCGUAUGUUCUGCCAUUGACACUCAUACAGGGGAGAAAGUGGCAAUAAAGAAGAUACAUGACAUUUUUGAGCACAUCUCUGAUGCAACACGCAUUCUGCGGGAGAUCAAGCUGCUUAGGCUUCUUCGUCAUCCUGAUAUUGUUGAAAUUAAGCACAUCAUGUUGCCCCCAUCAAGAAGGGAUUUUAAGGAUAUCUUUGUCGUUUUUGAGCUUAUGGAGUCUGAUCUCCAUCAGGUUAUAAAAGCAAACGAUGACUUAACCAAGGAACACUAUCAGUUCUUUCUAUAUCAGUUGCUUCGUGCACUGAAAUACAUCCAUACGGCAAACGUCUAUCAUCGAGAUUUGAAGCCAAAGAAUAUACUGGCAAAUGCAAACUGCAAGUUAAAAAUUUGUGACUUUGGCUUGGCUCGAGUUGCAUUUAAUGACACUCCGACAACAAUAUUCUGGACGGAUUAUGUUGCAACAAGAUGGUAUAGAGCUCCAGAGCUGUGUGGAUCAUUUUUCUCCAAAUACACGCCUGCCAUUGAUAUUUGGAGCAUAGGUUGCAUAUUUGCUGAGGUUUUAACAGGGAAGCCACUUUUUCCUGGAAAAAAUGUUGUUCACCAGCUGGACUUGAUAACGGAUCUGCUUGGGACUCCUUCCUUGGACACUAUAUCUCGGGUUCGCAAUGAGAAGGCACGAAGGUACUUAACCAGCAUGAGGAAAAAGCAUCCUGUGCCUUUCUCACAGAAGUUCCCGAAUGCUGAUCCACUGGCGCUCAAACUACUGGAAAGAUUGUUAGCUUUUGAUCCCAAGGACCGGCCAACUGCGGAAGAGGCUUUAGCAGAUCCUUAUUUUAAGGGCCUAGCCAGAGUAGAAAGAGAGCCAUCUUGUCAGCCAAUCACAAAGAUGGAGUUUGAAUUUGAAAGACGUAGAAUGACAAAAGAUGACGUUCGAGAGCUUAUCUUCCGUGAGAUCCUGGAAUACCACCCUCAACUACUCAAGGACUAUAUGAAUGGAACUGAAAGAACAACCUUUCUGUAUCCUAGUGCUGUCGACCAAUUCAAGAGGCAAUUUGCUCAUCUUGAAGAAAAUGGUGGUAAAAGUGGCCCUGUAAUUCCUUUAGAAAGGAAACAUGUCUCUCUCCCAAGGUCAACUAUUGUCCAUUCUGCUUCGAUUGCUCCAAAGGAACAGGUACCUGUUUCUUCAUAUAGAGAUCGGUGUGUUGACAGCCAAGAUGCUGCUUCGAAAGUCUCCACAGAAGCAGCUCGCAUGUCUGCUAUCUUUUCAAGAACUUCACAGGCCCCACAAAGGAUCACACAAGCUAAACCUGGGAAAGUUGUUGGACCAGUUGUACCCUAUGAAAAUGGAGGUCCAAAGGAUGCCUACGACCUUAGAAGACUGAUGAGGGGUGCUGUUCUGCCUCCCCAGUAUUCUGGUCCAGCCUCUUAUUCUGGUUUCCAAAAGGUUGGGAGGUCGGACCAUUGUGAGAAGACUGUGCAGACAGAAAAGGAAUACAAUGCUGCCAAGCCUCCAUGUAUACCAAAUAAUGGUGCCACCAAAGUCGCAGAGCAUAUAGCAAUAGACAUGAAUUCAUCACCUUUCUACCUUUCACGUGUUCCAAAGGCUGAGGCUGGGGAGGAUCGAACAAUGGCAGAUGCAAACUAUUUACAUGCCAAAUCCCAGUUCAAUGGAGUGGCUGCAGCUAGUUCUCGGAAAAUGGGUGCCGUUCAGUAUGGCAUGUCAAGGAUGUACUGAGGAUUCUCUUGAUGGGGAGGAAUUCUCGUAUUCUGAAGUACAGGGUGCAACUGUGAGCUUCAUCCAGUGACGAAUGGACACCUCAACCUUUAGUCGCAUCGUUAGUUUUCAACUUUUUAUUUUGCUGGGACUUGAGGAACAGAAGACAGCAGCAUCCAUGCUGUAGCCCAAUAAAUGGAGAUUCUGUUCAUCACCCCGAAGCGGCUAGCAUUCUCACGGCGCCAAUGCUCAAAACCAAGGUUGCUGCCUCCCUCUCUGCUGCCUUCGUGGCUGCUGCCUGCUGGUAACCCUGUUGUGCUCCUUCUGCCUACCUUUCACACGUUGGAGUCUAGAGAGCAAGGCAGAAUCAUACAUGUGUAUAACGAACUGUAUUCAAAUUAUAUUUUCGAGUCCAUUUCCAAUCAAAAUUCACUUGGUGAUUUUUGAUC